CAAGACGCGUUGGCUCAAACUUUUGGGCGGCUCAAAAAACUACACGUUGCCCCGAUGGCAGCUGCAGCUGCUACCAAACGGAUCAUGUCCGUCACCAAGAACGCCGCGAGUCGCUUGGGCGAUUUGAUGGCGCGAAGGAAGGAUGCCAGCACCAUUGGUGUGCGCAUUGGCUUGAGGCAACGAGGCUGCAACGGGAUGUCGUACACCAUGGACUACACCGAUAAAGUGAACAAGUUCGACGAGGUAGUUGAGACCGAUCAGGGCAUCAAGGUGGUUGUAGAUUCCAAAGCCGUCAUGUUCCUGAUUGGAACAGAGAUGGACUUCGUUAGCAAUGAGGUUGGAAAUGAGUUUGUCUUUAACAACCCCAACAAGAAGUCCGAGUGCGGUUGCGGACAGAGCUUCAACGUCUAACGCUUGAAGCGACGGUCGAAGCGGUGCCCAGAGGUGAGAAACAAAAAUCCCUAUGACUGCGCAUCUAGUCGACCUUGUACAGACUGAGAUUCUCAGAGGUUGAUCAGCCAUCAGUCCCAAAGUCAUACCUUGCCU